GGCUACGAGACCCAGUGAAAACCUGUUCAGAUAUUCUGGCUUGACGACUCUACUGACAUCAGCAAUCUCGCUAGUUCCGAGCCUCAGCCAGAAGUAAGGGGGAAUAAAAACAAAAUUGACGGAAUACCUCGGUGCGUGAUAUUAUAAAAUGCCUAGUAAGAAGAAGAAAUACAAUGCCAGAUUCCCUCCGGCCAGAAUUAAGAAGAUCAUGCAGACGGAUGAGGAGAUAGGCAAAGUCGCUGCUGCAGUUCCAGUUAUAAUCUCACGGGCCCUGGAGCUCUUUCUGGAGUCGCUCCUGACGAAAGCAUGUCACGUCACACAGGCGCGGAACGCCAAGACCAUGACCACGUCACACUUGAAGCAGUGCAUCGAGCUGGAGCAGCAGUUUGACUUCCUGAAGGACCUGGUGGCAGCCGUCCCUGACAUGCAGGGCGAGGGGGAGGACAACCACACAGAAGGAGGAGGAGGGGCCGGGGAGAAGGUCCCACGCAGAGGUCGUAAGCCUGGAACGGGUCGUAAGAACGGAGGUGCUGGCACCAAGGGGAAGGACAAGAAGCUGUCGGGCACAGAGUCUGAGCAGGAGGAGGAUUCAGAAGACAGCGAGACGGACGGAGACGAGGAAGAUGGCUCCCAGUCGAGCACAAAUCAGCAGUCGGCGUCACACUUUCACAGUCACCCCAUGCCCCCACAGCCACAGUAUAUGCACAUGGGCUCCGUACCGGGCGGGAUGACCCACAUGCAGCCCACGUCCUUCGCCCCGCACGCCUCCCUCAUGGCCACCGCACCCCCGCCCGCCCCUGCGCCCAACAACCCCGGCCUGGAAGACGACGACGACGAGGAUUAUGACUCUUAGCUCCCCCACACCACACACAAACACACACACACACACACACACACACACACACAGACACACACACACUCUUCUCCUCACACUUACCCCCACACACCAUCCUUUUUUCUUCCUCUGCACACGACCCACCUGGAAGAUGAUAACUCUGGUGUCUACCACGCCACACCACACCAUACACAUGCCCUCAAACCCAACAUCAUCCCCACCCUUCCCCUCUUCUCCAAAUUUGUCCCCUUUUUUCUCUCCUCUGCAGUGGACUAUGACUUAAACCGCCAACACCGUCGCCACCAUCACUAACAUCGUACUAUGAUACAAAUCUCCUUACUCUUCUGCACCCCCACUUCGAAGAUGACAACUCGGACUUGUGACUUUUAGCUUCUUCAACGCCCCAUAUGCCCCUCCCUCCAUCUGACUUUUUUUUUCCCCCCUUCUCCAGAAUCUCUCCCUCAUCCUCUUCUCUGUGCUCCUCCACAUCUUGUUAACUGUUUUACAUUUAGUUUUACCCUAAUGCUCUACCCCUACCUUGACAUCUGGGUUUUGUGGAAGGUGGAGUAGUUUUGCUUUGUUAUACUGCGUAAGGUCAGGAAAGAUUAAUUUAGGAGAAGGGGGUGUGAGACGGAGGUAACUUUAAUAUGGAGGAUGGGGUGGUCAGUGAAAGUGGUAGCUUUUUAACAUGACGAACACCUGUAAUACACACACACACACACACACACACACAAGGUUUCUUGAGACUGUAGUGAAUAAGCAGCUGUCACGAUGUGAAGACUUAAAAGAUUUAGUUGUAUAUUAGCUAAUGUGUUUUUUUGAGGCUCUCUGUUUUGUUGUCUUUUUUUCUUGUUUUUGUUUUUAAUUCUUAUUUUAUUGUAAAACGGAAAGAUGCGAUAGGAGAUGGAAGGAGUCCAAAAAUUGCAUUUUGAAACCAGAGACUUUUUUUUUUUUUGCUCGUUAAGAAUUUUAGACACUGAAGGCCAGCUUUCCUGGCUUGAUUUUGAGAGGUCUUUUUUUUGUUCUGUUUUGCUCAUUUUUUUUGUUCUUGGUAGUUUUUGUCGAUCUAAAUGCACCCCAGCACAGCUUUUAGAGGACAAAUAAUACCGGUCGUACAUUUGACCCCAUUCUGACUGUCUCAUUUUAGAGCCACUAAAGUAUGUAUUGAGUUUUUGGAAUAAAUUGCCCUUCCCCAAAAAAAUCCCCACAUUUUUCAGUUUCCAUCAACAAGUUACAGAUUUUAUGGAGAUGGUGAAAAGUUUGUUGUUGCUUUCACUUCCAUCAGUUUGAGCCUGGUAGAGAGGCCUGACAUAAGAGAAUUGUCUCUGACUACAGUCAUUCACUAUAUAGUAUAAUAUGCUGUGCAGGGGACAGACGAGACUGCCGUUUAGAAUGUUAUACUACGCUAUGUAAGGGAGAAAAUGGUAUAAUUACGCCCCAUGUAGUCAACCAUUUUGUAAAAGAAAACAUUUCAGACAGACUAAGUGAUGCAUAAUGUAAACGAAGCUCUAUCCAGCGUUAACUUGACUAAAAACCAAGCUGGCUAAUACGAUAACCCCUCUGCUCUCUCGGUGCAUGACAGCCUGACCCUUUUCCUAAAACACAUCGGUGUGGGUGCGCCAGUGCGUGUGUACACUACACACACUCGGAUACAACGCAAGGUGUAAAAGUAAUCAUUCCAAAGGCUUUGAAAAGCUAAUUUUGGAAUUCAUUGCACGUCAGCCUGAUUGUGGUUCUUUGGUCCCCUUUUCUUCAUGACUUGUCACAUUGGCUUUUAAAUGCUGACUAUUAAACCAGCAUUGGUUUGCUAACCUUGUUCAGAUAUACCCCAUCAUCAUCAUUGUCAUCAUUCUCUUUCCGGUUCUGGUCCGGAUUCGGCCCAUUUAUGGGUCAGAUGUGGCGUUGAAUCUGGCCUCCUUUCAGGCUUUAGCUGCUAACCGCCAAAGGCCAUUUACAACAUGGGGCUGCAUUUCCCAAAACCAUAGUUGCUAACUGUGGUAGCUACUUUGUUGUUGGCAAUGCAUUUUCUCAUUGCAACUACCCAAGUUGCUAACUGGCUAGCAACUAAUGUUUUUGAGAAAUGCACCCCUGAAGUGACAUUCUUGCUUAAUGUACCUCGACGUUGACACCAUGUUCAGAUAUUAAAUGCAUUUUUACUCCUUUCCUCCUGUCCAUUCUUUUCUUUUUCUUUUUUUUCUUUUUUUUAACAUGCCCGACCAUCAACUUACAUACAAACACAUACGUACACCUCCAUUUGUAUUUCUGCCUCACCCCUCGACAUGUCAAAUUUGAAGUUGUAUGUAAACUUUUAACAUUCUUUUUAUUUUGUAUGAGUGAAAUAAAUUUGAAAUUUCAAU